GUUGUUUACUAUGAUGUUCCUGGUGCCAGUCAACAGGCGCAAUUGAGAAACCCCUCAGCUCUAGUGAUCGACUCUGAGACAUGAGUCAGUCGGCCUGAAAGUCCAUGACUGCAAUCCACAUCAUGGCAAUCCCGAGCCAUCUCCAGCGCCCGACGCCGUAUCGGACCGUGGCGCCGUUCCUUCGGGCCGGCAAUGGGUCGUUCAGCACCAUUCAGAUGAAUCUGCUUGGCUCAUUGCACAAGCAACCUGCAACCACCCCACUCAAGUGAAGACUAAGUCACUGCUUUAGAAGACGAGGACAAAGGAUAGCCCCCGGGCGGGGGCAUCGGUUCUGUAAAUAAAGUCGCCCCUGGAUCCCUCUGCUUGGCCCGAGGCGAGAGACAUUCACACAUACCAUCCCUUGCCAGAAUUCAGAAGAAGUCAGUCAUGGCAGAGAUCAAGAACACCGCAAAGACUUUCAAGCUCAACACGGGCGCCUCGAUCCCCGCCGUUGGGCUUGGGACAUGGCAGUCCCCGCCCGGUGCAGUCGAGAAGGCCGUUGAGGCCGCUCUGCGGGCGGGAUAUCGGCACAUCGACACGGCCUUCGCCUACGGCAACGAGAAGGAGGUUGGCCAAGGGAUCCGGGCGUCGGGGGUGCCGCGGGAGGAGAUCUGGUUGACUACCAAGCUGGACAACCCCUGGCAUAAGCGAGUCCCCGAGGCACUGGAGCGCUCGCUGGCCAACCUGGGCACCGACUAUCUCGACCUGUACCUGAUGCACUGGCCAUCCAGUACCGAUCCGGAGGACACCAGAAAGCACUACCCUGACUGGGAUUUCGUGGAUACGUGGCGCGAGAUGCAGAAGUUGGUUGAGACGGGCAAGGUCAAGAAUAUUGGCGUCAGCAACUUCGGGAUCAAGAACCUGGAGCGGUUGCUGAAUGAUCCCAGCUGCAAGAUGGUCCCGGCCGUUAAUCAGAUCGAGCUUCACCCGGGGAACCCGUCGCCCAAGCUCGUGGCUUACUGUGCUCAGAAGGGGAUCCACUGCUCGGGCUAUUCACCGCUCGGCAGCACCGACUCGCCGCUGUACAAAAACGAGACGCUUGGGUCCAUCGCAAAGGCCAAGAACCGCAGUGUUCAGCAGGUGCUUCUGCUGUGGGGCGUCAAGAAGGGCUGGAGUGUGCUGCCGAAGAGUAUCAACGCUGACCGGGUGAAGGCCAACUUUGACCUGGACGGCUGGGAUUUGACCGAUGAGGAGCUAGCAAAGAUCGACGCGAUCCCGGAUCGGUUCAAGGUGUGCGGUGACUCGUGGUUGCCAGUCAAGGUCUUCUUCGGGGAUGACGAGUAAAUCGGUUCGGGGGGGCUUCUGUAGGCGUUAGACAAUGACCAUACCAAAAUCACCCGCUUAGACUUACCAAAACAACUUCAUCACUGG